GAAUAUAUUCAUGAUUAAUCCAGCUGCAACAAUAAAUUUGCAGAAAUGGGAAGACAGAGAAAAUAUCACUCCCACUUCCUCUUUGGGUGGUAUGAAAACAACCCUCACAUAAAAUAAAAAUUGCACUCUUAUUCAUGCAGAUCUUGGAUGGAAUACAGUCUGCACAUUUGUUAGGGUGUCUCGAUUGAAAAUGGCAUGUUUAUAAGAAGUGCUUUUCUCUAAUGUGAUAAAGACUCUGGAGGGAGACUGACUGAGAGACUGUGAUUCUGGUUUAAGGUAGCCAUGCUUUGUGAAGGCAGAUUGUUGAGUAUGACCUAUGGCGCAUUGGAGGAGCUGGAUUCCCCACUUCCUCACAAAGCUCCCCAGAGUGCUUUUGGGCUGCCGGGAGCAGCUGCUACCCUGGUGCCAGGCUCCAUCAGACACACUCGAGUCCUUCAUCAUAUUUCCCCCGAGCAGACAGGUUGUACGGACAACAGGAGUGACUCGGUGGAGUUGUACAUUUCUCCGCUGCAGUCCUUGGACAGCAGACAGAUCUCUCCGCAGAUGGAGAUCCCGGCUCAGGCUCGCUCAGUUGGCGAUGCCCCUUUCCUGGUUCCCUCCUUCUGUCAGAGCAUCUGCCAAAAUUACAGCGACCUCCACAUUGGAGGUGACCAGGUGCUGCCACUCUCGACCAAUGACGGAGAGCUCCGGCUCUGUACCGACGCCAAGGCUGUUGGCCCUUUCCUCCAGUCCUGUGAUGUCCCCCCGGCCGUGGAGGAUUCUCCCCCAGGAAAGACAUCUCAGGGUGGACUCCUGCAUCCACCAAGGGGGGGUUCAAAUCGCUGGAGACUGGGGAGCGCCCGUGAUCGGAGCUUUUUGUUCCAGGGCCAUGAAGGUCCGUUCUCCAACUCUCUUCUAAAUCACUACCUGGAGCAGAAACUGAUGGAUUUGUACCAGCAGUACAUGAUGGAGAACAUGGCCAGAGAAGGGGCCCCUGGCACGGAUUCUGACACUGGUCCCAUUUGCCCUCUGCUGGGCUCAGAGCUGGUCCUGACCAGCCUAGACCAGAUCACUUUGCAGCUGACUCGAGAAGGGAACCUGGAGGCCGGCCUGGCCAAGGACAUGGUCCUCAGCUGCCUCCUGCGGGUGGCUGGUGACAUGCAGUCAAGUGAGAUCAGCACUCCCUUCCUGCAGAUUUCAAAUGAGGCAUCCAGGGAGCAACUCACAGAGAAUAAAGUUCCUUGAUACCCCAGUAUCACGGAACUCGCCGAAUAAAUUCUCCCUUUCAAUCUAGUUUUAUCACCAUUAAAAUAAAACAAAACUGAUAACUGUAUUAAUUUGUUCAUUUUCAUGAUGAUGAGGAUGGUGUUCAAUGCAAAUCCUGAAUUUAUAAUUAUAUCAAAAGGUGGAUGUUCAUGUAGUGAGCUAUUGUUGUGCAGUUUUUCCUCUCUAAAAGGACAAUAAAAACAGGAACUGAAAAUUGAAAGUGAUCUUUCCCUUUCC